AUGCCUGCUCUGCUGAAGAAGAGAUUCUACGACGUUGGCGGGACCCAGGUCCAGGUGGACGUUCGUGGAAUCUGGGACUCGGACACCGCUGCAAGGGCGGCCGGCAUUCCAGGCAAUCCGAUGGUGAAGCUCGGGGCGUUCAAAGGGCCGUACAGCCAGGAGGAGUUCAAGCCCUGCUUUAUCUUGCUGGUCGCCAUUCUGGAAGGGCUGUUCAAGGUCGAUGGUCGUUCGGUGCUGUCGGUCAUUUGUUCUCAUGGCCGCAACCGUUCGGCGACCUUGGUCGUCGCUCUGAGUGCGUUGUUCGAGGUUCCGAUGUGGCUCCCGAGCUACGGGGAUGCCGCUCCGAGUCAAGAGUGGUGGUGCAUCGCCUCUCUGCCGAACGAGAUUCUCCAGCAGUUGGAGGAUUGGCGUUCGGAGGCCAGGGGCGGGCCGUUCCGACAUGGCAGGGCCGUUCCGGCGCCCCACACUCCACCGGGCCCACCGCCUGGCGGGCCUUAUCAUGGCCACGGGACGUUCGAUCCCGCUGACUUGACGGGGGCCAUGCCCUCGGUGGGGAACCCCCUGGUGGAUGCUGUUCGUCUGGACAUAUGGAAAGUGGCACCUGGGGUCCUUCUGGAACUAGACGAACUUCGUCUAGAUGAAAAAUGCAUUCGGGCCGUCGCGAAUAUCGCUGGACAUUCGGACGAUGGGGCGAAGUUCGUGCGGGAGAUCUUCCAGGUGUUGCAACGAAACUCGGCCGACCUCAGGACGUAUUCCAACCCGUCGGCCGCGAUCACCAGUGCCGUCCGUAAGGAGUUGGAUCGCUUGAGGCCAGAGAUUCAAGGUCUGCCGGGAUCGUCGGGUCGCUCGGAUUUCAUUAGUUAG